CAAAAACCUUGGGCCCGAAUUGCUUUUCAGUGCGAUAAUAAAUCAUGGAUUGUGAGAGAAGUAGAUAUAGCUUUGGAUGUACUUGACCUUUAUUCAAUUUUAACUCCUAUUAAUUUAAAAACUAUUAAAACAAAAUUUGAUCCUCAUGCGAGAUAUUAUCCAUAUCAGCAAAAUAAAAAUAGUGAUAUAUGCUGGGUUCCUUUAUUACCCGGCUAUACUGUAUAUACACUUUUUCAAAAUAAAUUUUUUCAAUUUAAAAUCGUUAAAGAUAAAAAUAAUCAAAUAUGUUUCGAAUGGUAUGAUUUUGAUAAUGAUUCGACGUUUCAAAACUUACAAGAAAAUAGAUCAGACUAUACAGCUUAUAGAAGUUUAAAGUAUAAAUAUAAUUCUGAAAAAAAGUUAUUUCCGUGGAUUAUGGGAUUUCUUAAUAAUGACAAUAUUCUUUUCUUACAAAAUAUAGUAACUCGACAUUUUUCUCAUAUAUUCGAUCAAUAUAACCAAACUAUAAAAGCAUUUCAAAAAGAAACUAGAUUAGAAAAUACUAUGAAACAUGUUGCCCAUGAACUCAAUAAUAAAAUAGGUGAAAAUGAAUUACCGAUUACUAACGGGAUUUUACUUGAACGCCAUAGCAAAUAUUCAACUCCACAAGAAACCCAGGCAUUAAUGGUAAAGUAUAAUGAAUUAGUACAAAAAAAUUAUACUUUAAACCGAAAGAUCCAACGACUUCAACAAAAAAUUACUGAACUAACUCACGAUAAUGAACAAUUCGAUACUGAAGAAAAUUUCAAUAAAUUGUUAGAAGUAAUCGAUGAAAAUAUCAAUAAAGCUAAACUCGGAUCAACCAUUUUAAUAGACUCUAAAAAAUAUCUUUUAUUAGUUUUUUCGCAACCAUAUAUCAAUUGUGGCAAUAACCAAAUUUCUAAACGUACUCAUAUUGUUGAUACGAUUGGAUUUUCAGUAAAAUGUCAAAUUAUUUGUCAUUUGUGUGGUGAAACAAUGGAAAAUAAUAACGAACCAAAAAAUAUUCACUUUACAAAAGCAGUUUCAGCAGCAGCUUUAGCAGGAGGUCUUACUUAUCCUUCAUUACAAAGUAUUUUCUCAUGUAUUGGAAUUACUAGUCAAAGUUGUAGAAAAAAUUAUUAUUUAUAUCAAACUCCAUUAUUUUCUUAUUUGGUAAUAAAUGCUAAAAAGUCUACGACAUUUUGGCUCGAGAAAGCUUUAGAAUUUAUGAAACAAAAAAAUGUGAAUUAUUUAUCUGUAAGUUUUGACUGUUCAUGGUCACAUGAACGUAAUGCUCGACAAGCAA